UACUGUACAGGACGGGGAAUGAUGCUAUACAACAUUAACUACCGUAGCUUGCAUCAGGCACGGGCAAGGGGACCUUGACUCAUGAGUAGCAGGUCGUCCUUUAAACUUUGAAUUAGUCCAAGUCUCCAAGAGAACGAAACAUGUAGCUCUCCAGUGCAGAAACAGGCCAGUUAAUGUGCGCACAUCAAGGUGCACCACCGUAUUGCACGGGCAAUAACAUUGGCCACAUAAUGGUGUGGUGCACAAGCUUUCAUCUUUUUUUUGACCACACACAAGCUUUCAUCUUUGAUUAGCAAUCUGUGUCAUUGAACACAAACCUACUCCGUAUACUGUUAGGAAAGAGCUAGGGAAACGUACUGCACAUGUUUCUAUAUCUACCCUGUAUUAUAUAUCAUCUUGAGCACCAGCUUCAAGUUGUAAACCAGUAGAAAAGAUGAGCUCCAGGUGGCCACAAAUUCACUUCAUCCUGCUACUAGUCACAUUCUACUCCACCAAUACCACUGCCAGUGGCAGCAAUGGCACCACAACCCAGUGCCUGCCUGAUCAGGCUGCGUCUCUACUCCAGCUGAAGCGCUCCUUCUUCCACAACCCCAACCUCUCGUCGUGGCAACAUGGCACAGAUUGUUGCCACUGGGAGGGUGUCGUCUGCGACAGGGCUUCUGGUCGAGUUAGCACUCUGGACCUCAGUGAUCGUAACCUGCAGAGCAUCAGUGAUCUCAGCCCAGCACUAUUCAACCUCACCUCUCUCACCAACCUCAGCCUCUCUGGUAACGAUUUUGGCCUGACCAGCCUUCCCAAUUCCGGGUUUGAGAGGCUGAUCAAGCUCCGAAGUCUCGAUUUGUUCAAUACGAGGUUGUUUGGCCAGAUACCAAUUGGAAUUGCGCACCUGAAGAAUUUGCUUACGCUUGAUCUUUCCUCCAGUUAUGGUAUGGAUGGUCUUCCCUACAAUGAUCUAUAUCUUCGAGAUCCAAGCUUUCAGACGUUAAUAGCAAAUCUGAGCAAUCUAAGAGAUCUCUAUCUUGAUGGAGUGCGCAUCUUAAAUGGUGGAUCAACUUGGUCAGUUGACGUAGCAAAUUCUGUUCCUCAACUACAGAAUGUUGGUUUGUCUGGAUGUGCACUAUAUGGUACUCAUAUUCAUCAUUCAUUUUCUCGACUCCGUUUUCUAGCAACGGUCUACAUAGGAGGAAAUGGAAUUUCUGGCAAGGUUCCAUGGUACUUUGCAGAAUUUUCUUUCUUAAGCGAGCUUGACCUGUGGGACAAUGAUUUUGAAGGACAGUUUCCCACAAAGAUCUUCCAGCUAAAAAAUCUAAGAUAUCUUGAUGUGUCCUCCAACCCAAGUCUUUCUGUGCAACUACCAGAUUUCUCACCAGGAAAUAAUUUGGAAUCAUUAUAUCUACAUUGGACAAACCUUUCUGAUGCCAUACCAGACUCUUUUUUCCACCUCAAGCCGUUGAAAUACUUGGGCCUUAGCAACAUAGGAUCUCCUAAGCAGCAAACUGCUUCCUUAGUUAACCUUCCAUCCCUAGAAACAUUGUCGCUCUCUGGAUCCGGCACACAGAAGCCAUUGCUCUCCUGGAUUGGCAGAGUUAAGCAUCUGAGAGAGUUGGUGCUCGAAGACUAUAAUUUCUCCGGGUCAAUACCCUGGUGGAUCAGAAAUUGUACGAGUUUGACAAGUUUAAUGCUCAGAAAUAGUGGUUUAUCUGGGACAAUACCUUUGUGGAUUGGGAACUUGACCAAGCUUUCCUAUUUGGACUUCUCAUAUAAUAGCCUCACAGGCAAAAUUCCAAAGGCUCUGUUUACUCUCCCGUCAUUGGAAGUGCUGGAUCUAUCAUCAAAUGAACUUCACGGACCUCUAGAAGACAUUCCAAAUCUUUUGUCUUCCUUUCUGAACUAUAUUAACUUGAGAAGUAACAAUUUUACAGGCCAUAUACCCAAAUCUUUCUAUGAUCUUACGAAACUUGGAUACCUCUGGCUUGACUCGAAUCACUUUGAUGGCACAUUUGACCUUAGCAUUCUUUGGAAGUUAAAGAUGUUGGAGUCAUUAAGUCUCUCCAAUAAUAUGUUAUCAGUGAUAGAUGAUGAGGAUGGCUAUCGUCAAUUGCCUUACCUCCCUAACAUCAGAACACUAAGGCUAGCAUCUUGCAACGUUACGAAAAUUCCAGGUGUGUUAAGGUAUACAAAUAAGUUGUGGAUCUUGGACCUUUCGAACAACCGAAUAAAUGGAGUCAUACCAAGUUGGAUUUGGGUGAACUGGAAGGAUAGUAUGUAUUCGUUGAAGCUCUCAAACAAUAUGUUCACUAGCCUCGAAAACUUCCCAUCCUUUAUUCCUAUGUACAAUUUAGAGAGACUACAACUUAGUUCCAACAGACUUCAUGGUAAUGUACCAAUACCACUUACAUCUAACUUGUUUGGUGCUUCUGUAUUAGAUUACUCAAACAAUAGUUUCUCUUCUAUUUUACCUGACUUUGGUCGGUAUCUUCCAAACACCACUUAUCUUAAUUUGUCCAAGAAUAAAUUGUACGGUCAGAUACCAUGGUCUAUUUGUACCAUGAGCUCUCUUGUGAUCUUGGACUUAUCAUACAACAAAUUUAGCGACAUGAUUCCAUCUUGUCUAAUGCAAUGUGGCAUCAACUUCCGUAUGUUGAAGUUGAGACAUAAUCAUUUGCAAGGGGUGCCUGAAAAUAUUGGAGAAGGAUGCAUGCUUGAGACAAUAGAUUUGAACAGCAACAGAAUUGAAGGGGAGAUAGCCAGAUCACUAAAUAACUGCAGAAAUUUAGAGGUUCUUGAUAUUGGUAACAAUCAAAUUAUUGAUUAUUUCCCAUCUUGGUUGGCGAGUAUGCCCAAUCUGCGUGUUCUUAUAUUGAGAUCCAAUCAAUUAUAUGGCUCGAUAGGAGGCCCUACUGAAAGUGAUGCAACCAGUAAGCACUUCUCAGGUUUGCAAAUUAUUGAUUUGGCCUCAAAUAACUUUUCUGGCAGCUUGAAUUCAAAAUGGUUUGACAAGCUAGAAACAAUGAUGGCAAACUCUAGCGGUGAGGGUAAUGUUCUGGCCCUUGGUAGAGGAAUUCCUGGGGAUUACUACCAAGAAAGCCUCACAUUUAAAGGGAUUGAUCUCACAUUUACCAAGAUCCUGACUACUUUCAAAAUGAUUGAUUUCUCAAACAACGCAUUUGAUGGUCCAAUCCCAGAAUCAAUUGGGAAGCUCAUUGCUCUACAUGGCCUGAACAUAUCACAUAACACCUUCACUGGGGGAAUCCCAUCAAAGCUUGGCAACUUAGCUCAACUCGAGUCACUGGACCUCUCAGAGAACAAGCUCUCAGGGUUGAUCCCGCAGGAACUAACCAUCCUAACGUAUCUCGCAGUACUGAAUGUCUCCUACAACAAUUUGAUCGGAUCGAUACCAGAAGGGUCACAGUUCUCGUUGUUCACCAACAGCUCAUUCGAAGGCAAUGCAGGACUCUGUGGAAGGCCACUGUCCAAACAGUGCAACAGUUCAGGUACCGGAAUCCCAAGCUCAACAGCCUCAUCACAUGACAGUGUUGGGACCAUACUGUUGUUUGUGUUUGCGGGAUCCGGGUUCGGAGUCGGCUUUGCCGUGGCAGUGGUGCUGUCGGUGGUUUGGCAGGCCAAUGGUGGAACUGCAACCAUUUCCUGUUCCACCAGUGAUGCUGUAACUUUGUGGUUUUUUUUCACGGGGAACCAGUGAUACUGUAACUUGUCAGGUGUCAGUGCGUUAUUUGGGCUUGUAUGUAACCUAAAGUACUUGUUUAAUCAUAAUGCAAUUUGGCUCCUUUUUGUA